AUGUGCUUAUCAGGUGACUCUCACCUCGAUACAAGAUAUCUCGCUAGUCCAGAAUUUAUUGCUUUUGCUCUACAUUGUGUUACUGUAGUUGAGUUUCCAGUCAUGACUUAUGGUGCUUAUUGUAUUCUGUUCAAAACACCAGCUCGAAUGAAUUCAGUGAAAUGGUUAAUGCUAAAUCUACAUUUCUGGAGCUCACUGUCAGAUUUUGUGAUAAGUUUUAUUGGAAUCCCAUAUAUAUUGUUGCCUGCUCCAGCUGGUUAUGGAUUAGGUCUAAUCGAUGCUCCAAGUUUGCUCAUUUACUGUAUGGUCACUUUUAUAGCAGCACUUGCUGCGUCGGUCCUUGCCAUUUAUGAAAAUCGCUACUUCACUCUAUUCGGAAGAAACACUUUUUGGAAGAAAUGUCGUAAACCAUUCUUCGUUUUCAUCACUUCUUUGGUUCCUAUUAUCUUUGUCCCUCCCUACUUUGACAUCCCUGAACAAACCAGCGCCCGUCAAAUUAUUAUCAGUAAAAUUCCUUGUCAGCCACCAUUUACUUAUAAAAAUAGAGAAAUGUUUGUGAUAGCUUUGGACUAUACUAUUCCAGUGUAUUCUAUAGCGUUUGGAACAUUAAUAUUGGCGGUUUCAAUCACAAUAUUCGGAGUGUUAAUUGGAAUAAACUUGGUGAAGGUUCGAAUCAGUUCAGUCUAUUCUUCGAGAACGUUUAUGAUUCAGAGGAAGUUUGCAAUUGCUCUGGUUAUACAGUCUCUGUUCAUGUUAUCUGUAGUCCUUGCUCCAGUCCUCACUGUUUUAUGGAUAAUUGAGCUAUGGUAUCAUAAUCAAGUAUUGAAUAACUUUGUAUUCAUAACUUUAUCUCUUCAUGGAAUUGGAUCAACAAUUGUAAUGAUUCUUGUUCACAGACCAUAUCGAGAAUUCACAUUUUCUAAAUUUUCACUGUGUUGUAAAGAAGUUGAAACAUAUAAAAGUAAUGUGACCGUUAGUGUGGUUCUAUGA